AUGUUCACGAUCGAUGCGGAAACGUUCGAUUUGAUGAAGCAGGAUGUGAUGAAUGGGAAAUGUCUGUCCACAUCCGGUACGCUCGUACAGUCGAAAACUGUUACAAACAGAUUGUUCUGGCAGAGUGGGAGCGCGCCGGAGGAUCUGAGGAAGAAGAUCUUGGAAAUCAUGACAUUUUUAGAUCCGGAAAUGUUUCUGAUGGAUAUCCAAUCGGUUCAGCAACCGUACCGAACCGAUAGCGAGCAGCCGGACGACGGUGGCAGUGCUUCCGUGCUGGAUGUCCUGAGCAAGAAAAUGGUGUGGGAAUAUCUAAGCUACACCAACGCUGAACAAGAUGACUGCGAAUAUUGUUCUCUUAUGCGUUGUGAAAACAGACUGUUCCAAAAGCAUCAGAUUUAUACGAACGGAAAGUUGAGCUGUCCUGUGCUGCUGAAGUUGAAGACUGCCUACCGUCACAAUAGAGGAGUAAUUAUUUCAACCAGAAAACGUGCCUUUUACUCCAACGAAACUCGAAGUGGAUGA